AUGACAUUCGUACAGUGGAUUUUACCAACAGUACCCCUUCUAGCGCCUCUUUUGGAGCGCAUGAUCGCAGACGAUGUUGAUCGUCGAUGCACAGCUGCAGAAGCAUUGCACUUCUGCGAAGCACUUCGACGUAACUUAUCCGAACAGGACUUAAGCACCCCACUUCCUCCAUACACUCCAGGAUCGUCGCAAACAGUGUCUUGGGACAUAUUCCCUCUGGAGUUUGUGGAGGAAUGGUCUCACUAUCGCAAUCCGCCUCCCACGUAUCGCACGCGUCUCCUUCGCUGGAUAGAUGAGUUUGAAUGGGGUCACAUAUGGAUACAAUCAGUUCGGAAAGUUGUACGUCGACUCCGAGGCUCCGAUUCACCAUAUAUAAUGGGUGACUGGGAUUACACUAAAUAG